CUCUCCUCCAGGUACCGUUCAUACUCCAUCUGAAGGAGUCAAAGGUCAAGAAGUAGGUUCAGCAACAAAGUAACGCACAGUUUUCAUGGUCGCAGUGAGGGUCAACAUCUCUCUCAGUGUGUCCUGGGCUUCAUCGAAUUGCUGCAGCAGCUGCCGGUUGUGUUGUUGGGCUUUAAGCUCUCUCUCCUUCAGCUCCUGCCAGUGCUGCUGCAGAUUCAUCACCUUGCUGGUAGGAAGGGUGUACAUCAUCAUCAUCAGUCAUGGCCGCCAUCAGCAACUCCAACACAGAUUUUGCCUGUGAGCUUUUCCGCACUCUGAGCCAGGCAGAUCCCUCCGGGAACAUCUUUGUCUCGCCGCUGAGCAUCAGCUCGGCCCUAGCUAUGGUUUACCUGGGCGCUAAAGGUGACACCGCUACCCAGAUGGCCAAGGCGCUCUCGUUCAGCUCUGGUGAAGGCGUCCAUGCAGACUUUGAGACACUUAACGCUGACAUCAGUUCGCCAUCAGCAUCAUACAUCCUGAAACUAGCCAACCGUCUCUACGGAGAAAAUACCGCCAACUUCCUCCCGGAAUUCCUGGAUGCCACACAGAAGUAUUACCAUGCAGACCUGAAGGCUGUUGAUUUCAUGGGGGCUCCAGAUGCGUGCAGAGAGGAGAUCAACACCUGGGUGGAGCAGCAGACAGAAAAUAAGAUUAAAGAUCUUCUGAAGCCAGGAACAGUCAGUACUAUGACAAGACUGGCUCUGGUUAAUGCCAUCUACUUCAAGGGAAACUGGAUGAACCGCUUUGAUCCCGCAAACACCAAAGAGAUGUCCUUUGAAACCUAUAAGGAUGGGAAGAAGCCGGUCCAGAUGAUGUACCAGAAGAACCAGUUCCUCUACAAAUACAUUCCUGAGAUUGGUCUGCAGAUCCUGGAGCUGCCAUAUGUAGGCAGGAAGCUCAGCAUGUUCAUCCUCCUGCCUGAAAAGACCGAAAAUGGCCCAGAUCCUCUGCUGAUGCUGGAGAAGCAGCUAACACGGGCGAACCUGGAAGAGUGGACCAACAGGGAUAACAUGGACAACCCCGAAGUCCAUGUUCACCUGCCGAAGUUCAAACUGGAGGAAGACUACGAGCUGAACGAUCCUCUGGCCAAACUGGGCAUGACAGACGUGUUCUGCGCAGCAAAGGCUGAUUUGUCCGGCAUGAAUGGUGACUCAGGGCUCUUCCUGUCUACAGUGGCCCACAAGGCCUUUGUUGAGGUGAACGAGGAGGGGACAGAGGCGGCUGCAGCCACAGCAGGCAUCGUAGCAUUCUGUAUGCUCAUGGAGGAACACUUCACAGCAGACCACCCCUUCCUCUUCUUUAUCAGGCACAAUAAGACCAAAUCCAUCCUCUUCCUCGGCAGGUUCUCUUCUCCUCAGUAGACACAACAAGUAGAGGAAGAUAUGGGGCCAAUUUAAGUAACAAAUCUUUGAAAUGAAGGCUUUUUUCUGUAAUGGUUUGGAAUUUAAGAAACUGUGUUUUUUGUCUGCCUUUGCACUGAAAUCAUAGCUGUAGCUAUUCAAAUAAUUAAUGCCCAAGUUUGAGCGUUUUUGGUUGAAUUAAUGGAUUAUAAAGGAUUCACUCAAAUGAUCAGUCGAUGUAACUGAAAAAUAAAGUAACAGACUGGGUUUUAAAAUAA